GAGAUCUAAGAUUCAACGAUUCGAGACCUACUACAGUGAAGAAACAAAUAGUUCAUCUCGAAGUGUAUCCACGCCUAGUAGAACUAAGGUGUUCAUCUCCUCCUCACACCUCAACAUCACAGUUCAUCAACAACGACAAAGACCGGAUCUUCACGAGUUUUUCCAAAAACCACAAGUCCAAAACAACCCCAACAGCAGCAUCAUCAAAGCAACAAGGGAACACUCAAAAGGAACAAAAAACCAACCACAAGAUAACAACAUCAUCAACACUCAAAACCAACAAGAUGUUGCGUCACCUUCUCUCCUCGUUUUCCCUUGCAGUACUGCUCUAUUCCCACGUGGGAGGCGCUGAGAAAACAUGGCUAUCAAAGUUUCCCAAGUUUCCGGAGGCUAAAUCACUGGAAGUAGUUCACUUUGUGACGGUGAAGAAGGAGAGCACACCCACGAUGUUCGUUUCGGGACCUGUGCAGCUUGUCGAUUUAUGGCUGAUGAUGCAUGGACUGUGAAUUUUAUUUUCUAGUACCAAGCUUCUAUCAUAGACAUAGCACCAGAAGAUAAAGGCUCCUGAGCAAGGUGACGAAGUCAAAUGGUCGUGUUAGCUUUCACAAUCAAUUUAGAACUGGUUGAAAAGUGUGAAGAAAUGGUUGUAAGUUGUGUAGCUGUUUGAAUUGUUUUGCUCUAACAUCGGCGAAAACCAAUGCCCGCAUCUUCGAUGCGUCGCAGAUGAAAGGCUUAGGCCUCGCUGUCCUUUCCCAUUCUCAACUCGUGAAGGUGCAGAUAAUUAGAGUUACUUAUUUUGACUGGGAGGUAAGGAUGUGGUAAUGCUAUGCCAACAUCGACAAUUUUUAUCGUCAUCGCGACCGAGUGGAUUUCAACCAUGGACCUUCUACUGACUUGCUCAACACACCAACCAUCUGACGGCAAACACAUCCAACGCUCAACACCCUCCCCUCCACAACACACUACAGCUCUCCGAUACGGGUGUUAGCUUUUGUGAUAAGGAUGGUGCCUUCACUCUGGGAGAUGCGUAUAGUUGGACGCUGGCGGACCUAGAGGGUGCAAGCGCGUCUAAGGUCUACAAACCUGUGUCCUCUGGGCUUUACUAUUAUGACGACGAGAGCAGGUGGAUUUAAUUUCCUGUUAAUGAGAGGACACAUCAGGACCUAUCAGCAUGCAAACGAAAUGUAAAUAUUGUAGACUAUUCGAGACUACUAGAAGUGAGUCUAAACUUGCCACUAAGUUGUAUCGGGGAAACGAAGUACUGUUCGUUGGCGUUGAGCUACAACAGUCAGUACAGUAUACCGUCACCUCCUUCACACAUGUUGUAAGUACUUCUUCUUCUCGAAUACUAUGCCUUCACCUCUAACCACUCGUCGUGCAAACAAACUGUGCAGAAAAAAACCUGCCCUUCAAAUUCUCUGCGGGUGAACUUUCUACGACCUCUGUUGCAGGAUGGCUGCCGGGUGAAGAGAGUCCGAAGCUGGCGUUUUAUUUUUACUUGCUUACGGCAAUGGCUUUGGCUACUUCAUGAGGCUGUCUUCAUAGAUGAAAGGGUUCCUGCUCAUGGCUUAUACUGCGGUAUUAUGCAUAGAUCGGUGUACUACGAGUAAGAAAGCUUUCUGACGAGCGAACAGUUGAUAUACUUGCAUAGAGGUACUUCUUGCUAUUAUAACAAGUGCAGUACCUCUAUGCACUAGAGCGCAUUUUGCGAAGAGAUACUUUCCUACCUACCAUCUACCUACCUACUUACCUACCUACCUACGUGAACAACACUUUCAUACUCCUCGUCGCUUACGUAGGAUUGUUGGCUGUCUGGGGAGUCUGGUGCAAAUCAUGGGCAGAUGUGUUGUUCAACAUCCACCAUUACAUCACUGUCGCGAUUCUUGCAGGUCUGUUGGAAGCGGCUUGCUGGUAAUAUUUUCAGUUUGAUGGGGAUCCGAUCAUCUUGAAGGCUUGGUUACUUACUCAAUUGGAUUAUCACCUGUGGUUGGCCUCAAGACACUCUAUUCUUUUCUAUCCUCUCUUAUCCUAUCUUAUCCUAUCUUAUCCUAUCUUAUCCUAUCUUAUCCUAUCUUAUCCUAUCUUAUCCUAUCUUAUCCUAUCUUAUCCUAUCUUAUCCUAUCCUAUCCUAUCUUAUCCUAUCCUGUAUCUUUUGCAGUCAGGUCAAGAAUAAGCUAUUACACUGCUCAUUUUUUCUUUUCCGGCAAUCCACGAUCUUAGAAGUAGAAACUUCAAGAACUACUACAGGUACACCUCUGGUACACCUCUCUCUUUGACUGGAACUUUCUUACAGGUACAUAUCUCUCUUCCACUUGAAUCCUUACAGGUACAUCUCUCUCUUCCACUGGAACUUCCUUG